GCUCAAAAUUCUUGUAAAGUUUAUGUCCGUGAUUACGUCCGCAAGCGCGUGAUUGUCUGGCUUCUCGCGUUUUCUGCUUGUUUCCCGGUGGAGUUUUCUGGGUUUUGAGUGUAUAUGUUUGUGGGGUUGGGAGAUGAGAGAUCUGAGUAGUGAUUACUGAUUACUCUGUCUGAAAUGGAUGCUUCUGAGGUGGUGAUCAAGGGGUAUAGCGAGACCAACGACUGUGAUUCCGGACCGGAAAAGGGAAACUCCGGCGCCGGGAAAGUGGAUGCUGAGACGGCGUUAUACACAGAGCUAUGGAGGGCUUGCGCAGGUCCUUUAGUGACUGUGCCUCGUGAACAGGAGCUUGUUUUUUAUUUUCCUCAGGGCCACAUAGAACAGGUGGAGGCAUCUACCAAUCAAAGUGCAGACCAGCAGUUGCCAGUGUAUAAUCUUCCUCCAAAGAUUCUUUGCCGAGUGGUUAAUGUCCACUUGAAGGCUGAGCCGGACACGGAUGAGGUGUUUGCACAAGUUACUUUGAUGCCCGAGCCUAAUCAAGAUGAGAAUGCAGUAAAGAAGGAACCACUUCCCUCUCCGCCUCCGCAUUUUCAUGUUCAUUCUUUUUGUAAAACUCUUACUGCAUCGGACACAAGCACCCAUGGUGGGUUCUCGGUGCUGAGACGGCAUGCUGAUGAAUGUUUGCCCCCACUGGACAUGUCAAGGCAACCCCCCACCCAGGAAUUGGUGGCAAAAGAUUUGCAUGGGAAUGAGUGGCGAUUCAGGCACAUUUUUCGUGGUCAACCGCGUAGACACCUCCUACAGAGUGGUUGGAGUGUCUUUGUUAGUUCAAAAAGGCUUGUUGCUGGGGAUGCCUUUAUAUUCUUGAGAGGUGAGAAUGGUGAGCUGCGAGUUGGAGUCAGGCGUGCCAUGAGACAACAGAGUAAUGCUCCAUCAUCAGUCAUAUCUAGCCACAGCAUGCAUCUUGGUGUUCUCGCAACAGCUUGGCAUGCAAUUCAGACCAAAACCAUGUUCACCGUGUAUUACAAGCCCAGGACAAGCCCAGCUGAGUUCAUUGUCCCUUAUGAUCAAUACAUGGAGUCUGUUAAAAACAAUUACUCAAUAGGAAUGAGAUUUAAAAUGAGAUUCGAAGGUGAAGAAGCACCUGAGCAGAGGUUUACUGGCACUAUUGUUGGUAUUGAAGAUGCUGAUCCGAAAAGGUGGCCAGAGUCCAAAUGGAGAUGCCUAAAGGUGCGGUGGGAUGAAACUUCAACAGUUCCUCGACCUGAGAGAGUUUCUCCCUGGAAAAUAGAACAUGCUCUCUCUCCUCCUGCAUUGAAUCCACUUCCAGUGCCCAGACCAAAACGGCCUCGACCAAGUGCCUUGCCCACAUCACCUGACAGUUCUGUUCUUACUAGGGAAGGUUCGUCUAAGAUGACAGUAGACCCUUCACCUGCCAGUGGGUUUCCAAGGGUCUUGCAAGGUCAAGAAGUAUCGACCUUGAGAGGCAGUUUUGCUGAUAGCAACGAUUCAGACUCUUCUGAGAAGCCAUUGUUGUGGAACCCUUCAUUGGAUGAUGGGAAGAUCGACUGUGCUUUAAGAAGAAAUGAGUCGGAUAUCUGGUUACCAUCAGGACGGUCAUCAUUCACAGAUUUAUUAUCAACUUUUGGUUCAAAAAUUAGUUCGCCCCGUGAUUUCAGUAGGCGUCCUGCUGAUCAAGCAAGUUAUAAGCGACAAACACAAGAGCGUGAAGCAAAGUUUAGCUCAAUUGGAAACACCUGGUCUAUAAUGCAAUCUGGGCUCUCACUGAAUCUGAUGGAUUCUGGCUUGAAGAAUCAUGUUCGAGGUGCUGAUACCUCUUAUCAAACACAUGGAGAUGUUAGAUAUGAUGUUUUUGGAGAAUUUUCCAUGAUUCCUGAUUCUAGAGGUGAAAAUCAGCAAACAAAUUGGUUAAUGCCCCCACCUGUUUCAUCAUAUCAUCAACCACCAGCUGCUCAUUCAAGAGAGCAGAUCCCAAGGUCUGUGAUUGCACAGCACCAUGCCCCUAUGAAGCCAAAUGAAGGGAAAUGCAAGCUCUUUGGUAUUCCCCUCAUAAGUAACCCUGCACCAAUAGAGCCUGAGCCAGUACACAGAAAUGUGGUGAUUGAGCCAUCAGUUCAUAUACCGCAUCUCGUUCAUUCUCAUCUAUCUCCUGCAAUUGAAUCUGAUCAAAGGUCUGAUCUAUCGAAGGGCUCAAAAGUGUUUGAUUAUCCAGUUGCCACUAGUGAGCAAGACAAGCAAUUUCAUACCCUCCCGCCGGUAGCUAGAGACCGAGAAAGCAAAGGUCAUUCUGGUUCAACAAGGAGUUGUACCAAGGUUCACAAGCAGGGAUCUGCCCUUGGUAGAUCGGUGGAUCUUGCGAAGUUUGACAAUUAUGAUGAAUUGAUUUCUGAAUUAGAUAACCUUUUCGAAUUUAACGGUGAACUUAAGGCAAGGAACAAGAAUUGGCUGGUUGUGUAUACUGAUGAUGAGGAUGACAUGAUGCUUGUUGGAGAUGAUCCGUGGGAAGAAUUCUGUGGCAUGGUUCGCAAGAUCUUAAUCCUUACAAAAGAGGAGGUCCAGCGUAUGAGUCCAGGUACCUUCAAUUCAAAAAGAGAAGAAACCUCAUCGGCAACAGAAGGUGUGGAUGCGAAAGAAGUGAAAGAUUUGCCAACAUCAUUGAGCCCGGAUGAUUGCUAGUUGUCUUCCUCUAUCCUGGUAUAGUGCAGGCAAGGAAGGAGGCUAUAGAUCCAUCUGACUUCUGAAUUUUGGAGGCAUCAAAUAGUGAGACGCAUAUCAUCCCUUCAGCUUCUGGAUGACGGGACUCGCUUAUAUAUAGAUGCAGAUUCUAGUGUUUGCAAUUUUGAACCCUUUUCGGGACCAACAUAUGUUUCCCUAUACUUUAUUCGUAAUACACAUGACAAAGUAUGAGCACGGUACCUGCCGACCGACUACUCAACCACUGUAUAUAUCGCCAUCUUCAGUUCUCCAGCCUCGGAUGUAAUUAAGAACCAAAUGCCAUCUGGUAUGCUCUAAUUCCAGCUGUUUCUGAUUUAUAAUAUAGUAUAUGGGUGUUGGCAUUACUCUAUGGAGCUGAAGAUGUAUUUUUGGAUCGACGUUGCUUGUGGUUGAAGCACUCUUUUGUACAGAGAAAUCAUUAGUUAAGUGUUCUGCUGGUCUAGUAUAAAUCUGGAGUGGUAGUCAUUUUUCCAUGUUCAUUGAGUAUUCAUGCUGCUUACAAACACUGCAGUCUGUCUGAUUAGUUCUGUUUCUGCCACCAUUGAACAAGGUGGAAGUUAACUUAUUGUGUGAGGUCACUUUCUUCAAUUUGCUCAUCUGAUUUAUGCAGUUGUGCAUAAUUUA